AUGACUUCGCUUGACGUGCCUGAGGCAAUAUUACGCAUGGUCCCUCUUCCUCCCGUCUACAUGCUACUCGAGGAGGCGGACCUUUUUCACGCAGCAGCCAGAACACUCGAGAAACGACUACGGAAGACCGGUCACUUCGUGAAAACGAGUUCGUUCCACCGCCCUCCUCAGGUGUCAUCGACUCCACGCACACUCCAUUUCGACGUGUUUGACCGUUUGACUGCGAUCGUGGGGAAAUUGUUCUCCCACGAUGUGUAUUUGUUCACUGGGCAAACCUCGUGGAUUCAAGAAUGA